UUUUUUCACAGAGAUGGCGGAGAAUAGUGAUACUGAAAAUGACUCCACUGUCAUAUUAGACUCAUCACAGGACAGCAGCAGUGUGGAGAUAAUUGAGGGAGCAAAAAAAUUGGCAGAGAUUAGUGAGGUUGAAAAGGACUCCACUGUCAUAUUAGAAUCGUCACUGGACAGCAGCGGUGUAGAGAUAAUUGAGGACGCUAAGAGUUCAGGUGUCAUUAUAAUAGUGAGUUCCUCUGAAAGCUCAGAUGACUCUGAUGUUUCAUUUUGGACAAUAGAUGCGGCAUAUUCGAGCAAAGGAUUAGAAGACAGUUUUAGUGGUGCUGAUGUUGAUGCUAUAGUUGUUUCUAGUGAUUCUUCAGGCAUAAGCAUAGUCAAAAGUGAUUUGCAUGGCAUUGCUAGAAAUAAGGAUGUUGUGGCUGUAUUAAAUUCGUCCAAAAAAUAUACAGGUAAUGUUCAUAUAAGAAUACUUUUUUCAACCUCUCCCGUAGCAGAUGUUGCAAGUUCUGCUGCGGAGAUUGCAAAUUUGAAGUCAGCAUUAAAAAGGAUGGAGCUUGAAAUGCAAGCUCUUAAAGGUUUUGCAGCGAAGGCUUCAAAACGAGAUUACCUAAGUUGUGUUAUGAUCCACACACUAAGUGUGUUAAGUGUAGGGGGCAAAGUUGCAGUAAGGACUUGUACUGAAUGCCAGGAUUUAGAUGACCAGGUGUGGAAGACUCAUAAAGCUCACUUAGAUAAAAUGGAGAAAGAUAGAAAGAGGAAAGCAGCCAUUAGAGCAGGUAGCAAGCAUAGUGUUGAGUAA